AUGGCAUACAAUAUUACUAAGCUUCUCUCACUUGUUUCUCUUCUUCUGAGUCUUUCUUUUUGCACCAUUCGAGUUGUCCAUGCUCGUCCACCCUUUGCUUGUGACCCUCACAACCCACUAACCAGAGGCCUGAAGUUCUGCAGGGUGAAGGUGCCAAUCCAUGUUAGGGUUCAGGACUUGAUCGGACGGUUGACAUUGCAGGAGAAGAUCAGGCUGCUGGUGAACAAUGCUAUUGCUGUGCCCAGGCUUGGCAUUCAGGGCUACGAGUGGUGGUCUGAGGCACUUCAUGGUGUAUCCAAUGUGGGCCCUGGAACCAAGUUUGGUGGGGCCUUCCCUGGGGCCACCAGCUUCCCUCAAGUCAUCACCACCGCUGCUUCCUUCAACGAGUCUCUCUGGCAGGAAAUCGGACGGGUGGUGUCUGAUGAGGCAAGGGCAAUGUACAAUGGAGGGAUGGCUGGCUUGACAUAUUGGAGCCCAAAUGUGAACAUAUUUCGUGACCCAAGAUGGGGCAGAGGCCAAGAGACUCCUGGUGAAGACCCUGUCUUGGCUGCUAAGUAUGCUGCUAGGUAUGUCAAGGGGCUCCAAGGUGAUGGAGCUGGCAAUAGGCUUAAGGUUGCUGCAUGCUGCAAACAUUACACUGCCUAUGAUCUCGACAACUGGAACGGUGUCAAUCGCUUCCAUUUCAAUGCCAGGGUUAGCAAGCAGGACUUGGCGGACACAUAUAAUGUGCCUUUCAAAGCCUGUGUGGUGGAAGGGAAUGUUGCUAGUGUUAUGUGCUCCUACAACCAGGUGAAUGGGAAGCCUACUUGUGCUGACCCUGAUCUCCUCAAGGGCACAAUCCGUGGCCAGUGGAGACUUAACGGGUAUAUUGUCUCGGACUGUGAUUCAGUUGGUGUUCUAUAUGAAGAGCAACAUUACACCAGGACACCAGAAGAAGCAGCCGCUGACGCAAUUAAAGCAGGUUUGGACUUGGACUGUGGGCCGUUCCUCGCAAUCCAUACUGAGGCGGCCUUAAGAAGGGGACUCGUAAGCCAGCUUGAAAUUAACUGGGCCUUAGCAAACACGAUGACGGUCCAGAUGCGGUUGGGUGUUGCAUGUGGUUACACUACACCCCUACAAGGAAUUGGGAGGUACACAAGGACCAUACACCAAGCUGGGUGCACAGAUGUUCAUUGCAAUGGAAACCAACUAUUUGGUGCUGCUGAGGCCGCAGCAAGACAGGCUGAUGCAACUGUCUUGGUAAUGGGCCUUGACCAAUCCAUUGAAGCCGAAUUCGUAGACCGAGCCGGUCUCCUUUUGCCCGGACACCAGCAAGAGCUAGUGUCUAGAGUGGCCAGGGCCUCUAGAGGCCCAACCAUCUUGGUCUUGAUGUCUGGUGGCCCAAUUGAUGUCACGUUUGCAAAGAACGAUCCACGCAUUAGCGCUAUUAUUUGGGUUGGGUACCCUGGCCAAGCCGGAGGAACUGCCAUAGCUGAUGUUCUAUUCGGUACCACAAACCCAGGAGGAAAGCUUCCCAUGACAUGGUACCCCCAAAACUAUGUAACCCAUUUGCCAAUGACAGAUAUGGCCAUGAGGGCAGACCCAGCAAGAGGCUACCCUGGCAGGACCUACAGGUUCUACAGAGGCCCAGUUGUCUUCCCAUUUGGUCUGGGCUUAAGCUACACAACUUUUGCCCACAAUCUUGCACAUGGGCCCACAUCAGUCUCUGUGCCUCUCACCAGCCUAAAAGCCACCGCAAACUCAACCAUGCUGAGCAAAGCUGUGAGAGUGAGCCAUGCGGACUGCAAUGCACUCUCCCCCCUGGACGUACACGUGGAUGUUAAAAACACUGGGUCCAUGGAUGGGACCCACACUCUUCUGGUGUUCACAAGCCCACCAGAUGGCAAAUGGGCAGCCAGCAAGCAGCUGGUGGGCUUUCACAAGAUCCAUAUAGCAGCCGGGUCGGAGAAACGGGUCAGAAUUGCUGUUCAUGCGUGCAAGCACCUCAGCGUUGUGGACCGGUUUGGGAUCCGAAGAAUUCCAUUGGGUGAACACAAGCUUCAAAUCGGUGACCUCAGCCAUCACGUCUCCCUUCAAACCAAUUCGGGAGAAACUAAGGUUUAG